AUGGGCAACGACGAUGUCCUCUCACCACCACUCAAAGAUCACGGCAAAUCAAAAGCCGAUUCCUCCAAUCCUCCUACAUCUGAGAUGUCAAAAUCUGACCUCUCUAAUCCCUUUUUCACACAUUAUUCAGAUCAUCCAGGUCUAGUCCUAGUCUCUAAGCCCCUGAAUGGAGACAAUUAUACAGGAUGGAAAAGGGCUAUGACCCUAGCUCUGAAUUCUAAGAACAAAUUUGGUUUUGUGAACGGCACAAUAAAGGCUCCCUCAGAAGAGACAAACCUAGAAGGCUAUGCGACUUGGUCGCGUUGUAAUGAUAUGGUUCAUUCAUGGAUCAUCAACACCAUUGAUUCAGAAAUCACCGACAGCGUCAUCUACUAUCCUACUGCUCAUGAAGUACGGGAAGAUCUUCGUGAGCGAUUCUCUCAAGGCAACGCACCACAAAUUUUUGAGAUUCAGCGAGAAAUCGCUUGUCUCCGACAAGAGCAGCUGUCAAUCCCAGCCUACUAUACAAAAUUGAAGGGCCUAUGGGAUGAAUUAGCUACCUAUUCAGAGAUAUCUCGUGGACCACAGGCAGAACAACAAAGACUCAUGCAGUUUCUAAUGGGUUUGAAUGAUACUUACAGUUCUGUUCGCGGUCAAAUUCUUCUAAUGAUUCCAUUGCCAAUAGUUCGUAAAGCAUAUGCAGCAGUCGCCCAAGAUGAGAAGCAACGUUCUCUUUGUGCUUCUCAUCCUGUUGCAGAUUCAUCUUCAAGCGCAGCCAUGGCCGUGCGCAAUUCAGGGAGACCCAAUCCCAAUUUAGGAAGAGGAGGACGUUUUGAGAGAUUUGACCGACAAAACCAGCGUCAAGACCGCAAUUUUGCAUCUCAGGAAGUACGCCGUGUUGACACUGACCGGCGUCAAGGCUCUGGCAAGGGGAGACCUCAUUGUACUUACUGUGGAGAUCCGAGUCAUUGGGUGCAGACUUGUUACCAAUUGAUUGGGUAUCCUCCAGGUCACCCUAAAGCCAAACAGGGCACUGGUUUUUCAAAGCAAUCUAGACUAGCAGUGCUUUCCAUCAAUCAGGUUGGUGAUGCAGUUAGAGAUGCUAAUGGGCCAAAGGUGACACUUACUGAAGCCCAAUUUAAACAAUUUAUGGCUGCUCUCAAUAAUCCAACUUCGAAGCUUAAUUCAAAUGCAAGCUCAAGUCCUACAGCCAAUGCCGUAACAAAACCAGGAUCUGGCUACAAAUAG